AUGGGGCGCUCUAUCAGAAUAGUGUGCUAUUCGGCAAAGGCGACGACCUCAAGCAAGGCCGACAACUCAGCCCCUGUCACUCUCCGCACGCGAAAGUUCAUCACGAACCGCCUCUUGGCUAGACGCCAAUUCGUCGUGGACAUCCUCCACCCUUCCCGCCCCAACGUCUCAAGAGCCGAACUCUCUGAGAAACUCGCCGCUCUGUACAAGACAGACAAGAACCGUGUUGUUACCUUUGGUCUGCGAACACAAUUCGGAGGAGGACGCAGCACUGGCUUUGCUUUGAUUUACGACGAUGAGGCGUCGCAGAAGAAAUUCGAGCCCAAGUAUCGUCUAGUGCGAUCGGGUCUUGAGGCCAAGGUUGACAAACCCUCCCGUAAGCUACGGAAGGAACGCAAGAACCGCGCUAAGAAGCUCCGCGGCACCAAAAAAUCCAAGGCCUCAGAGGCUCCCAAGAAGAAGUAG